ACUGCAACUGUAAAAUGCUGGGAUCUACUUAUUAUCCAUGAAGAAUGAAACAGGUUUAAAAAUUGAAUUGGUAAAACUCACUGAGCAUUAGGACCCAGCAGAAUCCUCUAAUUUGCUAUAUAUUCUGUGAUUCAGCCACUGCACAGCUACUCCUCCUUAGUCCAGCUUGGGUUUGUCUUUCGGUAAUUCCAGGAUCUAUCCAGUUUGUAGAGUGAAUAUCUGGAGACAAUCAUGCUGGGAAUUGGAGCUAUAAUAACAGGUGCAGUUAUAACCACUGCUGCUGCCCCGGUGAUUCUGGGAGCUGUGGGAUUUACCAGUGCUGGAAUAGCAGGAGGCUCCAUUGCAGCAAGUAUGAUGUCUUCAGCAGCUAUCGCCAAUGGGGGAGGAGUAGCUGCUGGAAGUCUGGUGGCCCUCCUUCAAUCUGCUGGGGCGGCUGGAAUCCCAGUAGCUGCCAAACUUGGACUGGGAGCUGCAGGUGCUUUCAUUGGUGCACUUUUCUAACAUUCGAAAAUAAAAAUGCCUAAAGACAACGGAAAAUAAAUAAUUUUUAUUCUGAAUCAGAGGAGGGAAAAGGCAACUGAAGCCUGAUGCUGAAAUUCAAUAAAAGCUCUGCAUAAUCGAA